UUUCCAAGAGAAGUUUCUUUGCUAUUGUAGACUAUAUCGUACAAAAAUGAAGGUGUUACUCUGCGUUAUUUUAAUAUUUACCUUGGUGAGUGCAGAAAAACUACAAAGCAACUAUUUACCGCCAAUCACUGCCCAAAGUGCAGCAGGAAGUAGUAGUUUUUUGUCAGCACCACGUCCGUUUUCAGGAUUUUCUGCGAGCUCAGGAUCUGCCUUCACACAAUCAGGUAUUGCGACAUCAUACGCCGCCCCACCAUCCGGACCUGUGCCCUCCGGAGUUUAUAACGCUCCUAUCGGACAUUAUUCAACAGGGGUUCCAAUUGCUAUCCUACGAUUCAACAAUGAAAACACCGGCGACGGUAGUUAUAGAUUCGAUUACCAAACCGAGAACAAAAUAAGCCAAGCAGAACAGGGCCACCUACAGAACGCAGGAACCGACCAAGCAUCAUCUGUGGUCCAUGGUACUUACUCCUACGAAGCGCCCAACGGUCAGACCAUAACUGUCACUUACGUGGCCGAUGAAAACGGUUUCAGGGCAUCAGGGGACCAUAUCCCCACUCCACCACCAAUACCGGCAGCUAUCCAGAAGUCUUUACAAUUCAGUUCGUCGGAUUUGAGUACGGCUGGGUAUUCUUCGUCUUCUUCUUUUAGCGGUGGCGUUUCUUCAACAUUCGGAACUACCCCGCAGCACCCGCAAAUCGCCAGGCAGUACCUUGGUCCUAGUACCAAGUCAACCGGUGGUUACCGCUAUUAAAUUAUGU